AAUAAAUCGCCGCUUCUUCUUCCUCCGGUAAUCCUCUCCCCUUCCUUCCUUGCUCCCUCGUCUCUCCUCUCCUCCGUCUCCUCCUCCGCGCCAUCCGUCCAAUCCGCCCGAAAUUACCCCUCCAAUCGCCCCGCAAAUGCUCCGCGAUCGCCCGCGCGUCGCCCAAUCCGCCGCGCCAUUAGCGCCCGCCAUUCUUGCUGUUGGGGGAGGAUUGAUUGGUUGAUUGAUUUCGAAAGGAGGUAGCUUUUGCUUUUUGUAGGGUAAUUAGGGAUAGCGGUAGGAGGAGGCGGAGGAGGAGGCCAUGGUGGACGAGUACCACCACCGGAUGGGCGCCGCGGCGGCCGACUUCCGGCGCGACCUGGAGGACCUCGUCUGCGACCACCUCGGCGGCUGCUACUCGCCGCCGCCCUCCUCGUCCUCCUCGCUCUGCUCCGCGGCGGGCGGCGGCGGCGGGGGAGGGGCCGAGGGCGGGGGCGGGGUCGGCGGCGGCAGGGAGGAGGAGGCCGAGUCGUCGCGGCGGCGGCGGCGCGAGUCGCGGCUGCUCAGCCGCUGGGUCGCGCGGCAGGCGGAGGAGGUGCUCUCCUCCAUGGAGCGCGAGGUGGAGCGGCGGAACCGCGAGUCGGAGCUCCUUGCGCUCACCCGGCUCCACCCGGUCUCCACCCUCGACCCCUCGGCGUUCCUCCUCUCCUCGCCCCCGCCGCCGCGGCCGCAGGCGCCCUCGCCCGCCGCGCCCUCCUCCCUCCUCCAGAUGUGGCGGGAGCUCGAGCACCGCCGCGCCGACGCCGGCCAGCCCUUCGACCGCGAGCCGUCCCCGGACACGCCCGACCGCCACCGCGAGCGCGUGCGCCAGAUCGCCCGCCGCCUCACCACGUCCACGGACAGCCCCACGGCCGCCGCCGCCACUGCCACGGGGGAGUGGCUCGGCGAGACGGAGAGGCAGAGGGUCAGGCUCGUCAGGGAGUGGGUGCAGAUGGCCAGCCAGCCGCGCGACGCCCGCGCGGCCUCGCGCAGGGAGGAGCCGACCGCCGCGGAGAGGGACAGGCGAGGGGAGCCUCCCCGGCUCCGCGGCCGGCAGGCGCGCACCGAUGUCAUCACUCGGAUGUCCCGGGAGCGUCAGCGCGAGCUGCAGGGGCUAUCAGGGUACCACAUUGUGUCACAGUUCCCCCAGCGCAGCCGCAGCCGCAUUCAGGGAUUGCUUAGGGUAAGGUUCUUGAGGAACGCGGUGGCUCCAGCUGAAGAGGAGCGACAACCAUCUGUGGCGGCGAGGGAGCUCGGGCAGUUGAGGCAGAGCCAUCGCGUGUCCACCUUAAGAUCAGAGAGUGCUGUAAAUAGUCAAGAUGUUAGCCCGUCUGAUGCUCCUGUCGCCGAAAAUGUUCCAUUACCUGGUAAUGAUGAAACUGAACAGGGGGCUGACGUUGUGCACCUUACUGGUAGUGAGGAUGUGGCCCAAACUACGCCCGAGAAUGUGGGUUUACAGGAGGAUAACGUAGAUGUUGCUGAGGCGGAGUCACCGGCUACAACAUCUGGUGACAUAGUAGAUAUGCAAGUUUCCCAAGUUGAUAAUGGGCUGCAAGAUGAGACAGAACGUGAGACAAUAUUUUGGCAGCCAUCUUUGGAUGUCAGGCUUGAUAGAUGGCCCAAUGAAACUGCAGAGAAUUCUGACAGAAAUUGGGAAGAUAACGCAGAGGAGUUACACAGCGAAAUCGUGGAGGAUGAUGACAGGGAGAAUGAAAAUCUCCAAGAUGAGCAUGAUGUGUGGCACGAUGACGAAUCUCAUGGCACCGAGGAGAACUGGCAAGAUGACUUCCAUGAUGCUGCACUUGACACAGGGCCCAUUCCUAGAAUUGAAAACAGCUUCAACCUACGUGAUGAAGCCAAUUUGCACAACAUGGAACUGAGGGAAUUACUCAGCAGGCGAAGUGUAUCCAAUCUUCUUAGUAAUGGUUUUGGUGACAGUUUGGAGCAAUUAAUAAGGUCAUAUGUUCAACGACGUGGUCAUGCCCCACUCAACUGGAAUCUCGAUACCGCCAUGCCCACUGCGAAUGCACCAAACGGAAACGGCGAACUAGUAAGAAAUGCUGAAAAUCGGCAAUUCCAAGGUCCUGUCAACAGACCUGCCCUUGUUAUCCCUCCACCACCUUUGCCACCGCGUCAGCCACUGUGGCACAGAGAUUUGCGCCAUAACACCUGGAGCAGUAGACACAGGGUACAUCAGGAAUUGGACGCCAUUAAUGAUUUGAAAGCCGACAUGAAUAAACUUCAACAAGGGAUGAGCAGCAUGCAAAGGAUGCUGGAGGCGUGCAUGGACAUGCAACUGGAGUUGCAACGUUCAGUGAGACAAGAAGUGUCUGCAGCCUUGAGUAGAUUCCCGGGACCUGAAGGCAUGUUUCUGGAUCUACACGAUGAUGGAACGAGAUGGGAUCAGGUGAGGAAAGGAACCUGCUGCGUAUGCUGCGACACACAAAUCGAUUCUCUACUCUACAGAUGCGGGCACAUGUGCACGUGCUCGAAAUGCGCGAACGAGCUGGUGCGCAGCGGCGGCAAGUGCCCGCUGUGCCGGGCGCCGAUCGUGGAGGUGGUCCGGGCAUACGCGGUGCUGUAAAUUAUACAACAACAGUCGGAAGUUUUGGCGCGGGAGGCUCCGUCGCGAAACCGGGGAGGAAAAGAGAGAAGCAAGACCCCUGCUUCUUCUUCAUCUUACUGUUUGUUUUCCUAGCUUUUCUGUGUCUCCCCAUGUAGCCUUCCUGUGUACCAUCUUACAGGAUUUACAUUACAUACAUAUAUAUCAGCCGCCGCUGUGCUGGGCGCAGGCGAUCGGCGGCGCGUGCGUGCGUGCGUCGUGUUAUUGAUUGGUGAAAGUGUUUACCAUGGGUUAGUAAUAGUUGUUAGUAGUAGCAGCAGCAGGGAAAGGGACCCAACCCAGUGUAAAAGUUCUUUCGCUGUAUUUAUGCCCCUCUCACCACAGCACAAGAUGAGAUACUCCCAACCCAAAUGAUAUAAUAGAUUCUUCUUGUUAACCUCUUCAUCCA